AUGAAUAAGGCCAGCUUGUCACGCAGCAACAGAGCUGAAGACACAGGUGUGUGCCAUCAGCGUGCCGUCGCCGGCAUGGGCCCCAGGGCCAGCGACGCCCACAGAAUCCCGGGGCGCCGAUGUGAGGAACUGCAGAAAGCCUCUGAACAGGAAGGCGGGGUCGGGAGCCAGGAUGACUGGGACCUGCGGGCAGGCGCGAGGACGGAGUCCCGGUCACCUCCUCCUGCCGCCAAGAGACUGAAAAGAGACGCCCAGGAGAAGAAAGAGAGGAAGCGGGAAGUGGGCGAAGAGGACGCUCAGGAGGGGCAGCUCUUGAUGUCGUCCCUGUCCGAGGAGCAGCUGAGCCGCUAUGAGGUGUAUCGCCGGGCCGCCUUUCCCAGGGCGAUCGUGAAACGCCUGAUCCAGAGUGCCGCCGGCACCUCGGUGGCGCCGAACGUGGUCAUUGCCGUGGCCGGACUGGCCAAGGUUUUCGUCGGGGAGGUGGUGGAAGAGGCCCUGGACGUGUGCGAGAGGUGGGGGGAAACGGCCCCGCUGCAACCCAAGCAUCUCAGGGAGGCUGUGCGCCGGCUGCGCUCCAAGCGGAGAAUCCCCAGCACCAAGCCCAGAAACGUCGUCUUCUAG